AUGAAGAUGGAUAGUGCUACCAUGGGAGGCUCAAAGAGAAGGCUAUCAUCAAAUAGAGGACUUGGAGGAGUCCUCAGAGAGCAGAGGGCAAGGCUAUACAUUAUAAGAAGAUGUGUGGUCAUGCUCCUUUGUUGGCAUGACUAG